GUCGGGACCAUGGGCUGCUUCUUUUCCAAGAGGCGGAAGGCUGAGAAGGAGUCACGGCCCGAGGGCGAAGAGGAGCAGCCAAAACAGUACAGCUGGGACCAGCGCGAGAAGGUUGAUCCAAAAGACUACAUGUUUAGUGGACUAAAGGAUGAAACCGUAGGCCGCUUGCCUGGGAAAGUAGCAGGACAACAAUUUGUCAUUCAAGACUGUGAGAACUGUAACAUCUAUAUUUUUGAUCACUCUGCUACAAUUACUAUUGAUGACUGUACCAACUGCAUAUUUUUUCUGGGACCCGUGAAAGGCAGUGUGUUUUUCCGCAAUUGUAGAGAUUGCAAAUGUACCUUAGCCUGCCAACAGUUUCGUGUGCGGGACUGUAGAAAACUGGAAGUCUUUUUGUGCUGUGCCACCCAACCCAUCAUCGAGUCUUCGACAAAUAUCAAGUUUGGGUGCUUUCAAUGGUACUACCCUGAGUUAGCUUUCCAAUUCAAAGAUGCAGGGCUAAGUAUCUUCAAUAACACAUGGAGUAGCAUUCACGACUUUACACCUGUGCCAGGAGAAUUCAACUGGAGCCUUCUUCCAGAAGAUGCUGUGGUUCAGGACUAUGUUCCUCUACCAACUACAGAAGAGCUCAAAGCUGUUCGAGUUUCCACGGAAGCCAGUAGAAGUAUCAUUCCAGUAUCCCGGGGUCAGAGACAGAAGAGCAGUGAUGAAUCAUGCUUAGUGGUAUUAUUUGCUGGUGACUAUACCAUUGCAAAUGCCAGGAAACUCAUUGAUGAGAUGGUUGGUAAAGGCUUCUUCUUAGUUCAGACAAAGGAAGUGUCAAUGAAAGCUGAGGAUGCUCAAAGAGUUUUCCGGGAAAAAGCACCUGACUUCCUUCCUCUUUUAAACAAAGGUCCUGUUAUUGCCUUGGAGUUUAAUGGAGAUGGUGCUGUAGAAGGAAGUCAUCUCAUUGUAAACGAAAUAUUCAAUGGGACCAAGAUGUAUGUAUCUGAAAGCAAGGACACAGCAGCUGCAGAUGUAGACAGCUUCUACAACUUUGCUGAUAUACAGAUGGGAGUGUGA